UGAUAUUUCAGUAGGCCGCGCGAGCUUAUGCCGUGAAUAUGUUGUUGUAAAGUGGUUGUUCGUCUCUCUUUCUCUUUCCCUUUUUGUAUCAUCCGGUCUGUUUUCUUUUUUCUUAUAAUAUUCCUGUGCGUGAUAUUCUGUCCAUGAUUGUGCGAUAUAUUUGUUGCGAAUAUAUAUUGUCGAUACGAAUGUGUGUUCCAAGACUGGUUUCAAAGUUUGUUAAUAUAAUCACGACAGCCGUAUCCCAUUACACGGUGUUUAUGAGAUUUAAAGACAUUUCGUAUACGCGUAUAUACAUAAAAAUUUCCCAAGUAACGUUGAAACGCGAGUUCGAUUUCGCGAGUCCCCGUGUUCUGUUAUUUCUUUGAACGUAAAAUCGCGUGUUUGAUACGCGAGUGUCGGAUAAAACGGCGCGAUAUAUUAUUAUUCAAAUUAUCUUAUAUAUUUAUUUACGUAUUACGGAAAUGCUUAGUCGUUCAUUUCGCGCGCGGAAUCAUGCACGAAACGUAAUAAGGAUUGUACACGGCAUGCACAUAAAGGGAAUAAAAUUGGAAGAUACAGGUAGUAGUUGGUCCGAUGGUAUUAUAAAAUUUCCUUUCUGCUGGAAAUCGUUUCUUAAUGUUGGCGCUCGAUGACACUUUAAAUCAUCGAAAGUAUCGUGCUUUGGGCAAUUUUAGAUUUCGAUGUCUCAUAUGACAGGAAGUAAACUAGGUUCCAAUGAAAAAAAAUGUAUGAUUUGAACAUUGCAUUUUUUGAAAUAUUCAAUUUUUUCAUUUUGUGCGUACUAUAAAGUGAGUGGUAAAUUUUAAUGGAAGAGAAUGGAACACGUUGAAUAAAAUAUAGGAGAUUCUAGUGGAAAAAGUAUUUGCACGCUACACACUUUGAACAUUGUAUUUUGAAAAAAUGUCAAGUCUUAAUAUUCUACGUGUUGUAAAGCGUGCUGCUACGUUUUAGCGAAAGAAAGGUGUGCGACAGGUCGAAUAAAAUACAAAAGUUCCAGCUUCUUAAUGGCCAAAUGGCUUAGACGUUGCAUUUUCUGAAAUUCUGAAUUUUAAUAUUCCAUGUGUCGUAAAGCGCGAUGAAACUGAAAUGAAACUGAAAUGAAACUGAAAUGAAAAAGGCAGGAUAUUUUGAACGUUGCGUGUGGCGAAACUUUACGUUUCAGCGAAGUAUAUUACGUUUUAACGAAAGACAAGAUGUCUUUUCAAUUUUAUCGUUGGAAUUUAUCGAAGCAUCUAUUUUCAACUGUACUCACUUGCAAGCCAAGUAUGUAAAAUUUAUUUUCGCCAAGACAAUAGAUGUACCGCGCGAAUGUAUUCUCACGUACGGUACUUUUGCUCAAAUCAAAGUUCGGUAAGGGCAAAAAGCGAUCAAAAUAAUUGAAACGCUACAUAGGUUUCUGCGUUUUCGAACGCUUUCGCUACAAAGAAGCGAUAUAUCAGAUAUCUACGAAACAUGUAUCGUUAUUACGAUUUACGUAGUAUUAAAUGCCUAUUAAUGUAAUUAUUAAAGGCGUUGUAAUAUAGAAAUAUCGAUCGAUAGACUUAUUUGGAGAAAAGGGCUGUCCCAAAGGAGGCAGGUAAAAGAAUUUACGCCUCGUUUUAUUUCGAAGGAACGAGGAGAACGUUAGCUCGUCGAGUCUGCGGGGAUGAAAGAAGAGUUUGGUUGGUAUCUUGAAUAGUUUCCGACGAAAUGGCUCGUAACACUUUUACGCGACCUAGUUUAUCUUCAUAUCGGUGAGAUAUUUGAUGCAUUGUAAAUUCUAUAAUUCUAUUUCUAAUAAUCGUCGUAAUCAUCGGUAGCUACGUUUCUAAUUAUUCUAAUAAUUAGCCGAUUAGUUACUUCGUUAGUGAUUUCGUCAUGGAUGAGAGCAACUUUGAAAACGUUUAUUCGUUAACGAUAGAAACGAUGAAAAUCUAACGUUUGACGAUUAAGCGCGUUUUCUUCUCCUUUUUCUUCUUAUUUUCUUUUUUUCCAAUUCUUAAUCAACGAUACCGACAUUGAUCGUGUUGGAUGGAAAAAGGUAGUAUUCUAAUUGAUAUUAUUAACGAGUUAUUGGCCGUCUAAUGAACGCGAUGUACGUGUAAAUAUACAUAUAUAAAACUAUACGAAACUAUAAAAUUUGAGAAAGUUUCUUCCUUUAAUCGAUUUAGUGAAAUUUACGCGUUAUAUAUUUGCGUUAUUAUAACGUGCAAUGGUAAUUUUUUCUGAAAAAGCUGAAAAUAGAGGAAUAUAUUUCGAAGAAAGAUAUAUACGGUAUUUCUUCUACGGAUUCGAGUCAUUUUCGUAGUAUCAUUGAUACGUAUCUAUCGGUAUUGCAGGAUUAACAGGGAUAACGAUAAAAGAAAAAAGGGAGAAAAAAACAGAAAAUAAAAAAGAAAGAAAGAAAGAAAGAAAGAUAAGGGACAUGGUAGUUCGGCGAAUGAGUAUUUCGUCGACGUAAUGGUAAAUUCGCUGGUUCGUCCUCCUUACAGAGAAAUUACUACCUCGAAAGCUUCGAACGAUUUUCAUUUAAUUUCUCGCAUUUGCUUCGUAGCGUUGAUUCUUUUAGCUUUAGAGAAUUGUCGAUACAGCGAAUAUCGUAAGGUAGAAACGAUUAAAAACAUCAGGAAUCGUUUCAUCCGGUUAAACACUGCGCGGACACGUUUCUCGAUAGAAAUCCAACAUUCGUAUAAACAAUUUAAGCACGAUUUGCCUCGAUUCGACGCGUGCAACUACAUUUGCCAUUUAGAAUUUGUACGUUGCGUACGUCGUGUUUACGAACAAUUGGUCGGAAAUUUCCGCCGUGUAUCGUCGUGUCGGGUAACAUUCGAUACGGUUGAAACAGAAACUUGGGAGAAAUUUAGGAGCGCGAGUGAACGACGAUGAAGAAUAAGGACGCGGAUCGUACGGGAAUCGAGUGUAAAAUCGAGAGAAAAAGAUGCUGCGAAGGGAACUGACUUUGUGGUAAAAGCGAACUCCGAAUCGGUCUGGCGAUCCGGUACAGUGACGAUUGAAAUGCGAUAAGAAGGAGAAGCAACGGCAUAGUCGAGCAAUAGAGUAAUAUGCAUAUGCAAGCGUGGCGAAAUGUCGGUCGAAGGAGGUUCCUAGAGAGGAAAAGUUGCGAACAAAGAAGAGAUACGUCGCGGAGAUGGUCGCCUGUUCAGUGACGAGGACGAGAAGCAGUCGUGAAACUUGAGAGGGUAGGUGUUAUCGGGCGUGGUAAGGAUGAACUCGCGGCCGUGGGUAAGACGGAGAUGACCACUAGAUCCGUGCCUCGUCCUGAAGACGAAGACGAGGAGGACGAGGAAGAAGAGGAAGAAGAAGAAGACGAAGAAGAGGAGGAAGAGGAGGAGGAAGUGGACGAGGAGGCUCGUUCGAGUCUACGAUAUCACUGCCACUGAUAUCCUCUCUCUCGUCGCAUCGAUGCCGACCCCUGCGUCCAUCGAUAGAGAUAUGGGGAGUGUCGUAGGCAGCAACGUGAACGCGAGCAACGCGACGACGAGGAGGAUGGACUCGACGACGUUCCUGCCGGAAGCGACGUCGACCCUCAGCGAGCGGGAGCAACUGAAAAUCGAAUUUUACAAAACUUACGACGUUAUGACCGGGGUCAGAAUCGCAGCGACUCUCGGUGGUUUUUUCGGUCUUAUGAUCCUUCUGCUUGUUUAUAAAAGCAGGUGUAAAUCGAGCAAGCAGUUGGAGGAUCCAAGACUGACCGCAGCUGCAGCCGCAGCGGUAGCCGAAGCAGAAGCCGAAGAAAGAGCCCUCGCAGCCGCUCUCGAAGCCAUUUCCAGAUUACCACCUAGACCGGAUCACGGCCCUAGAAGAUCUCUUUGUGUCGAGGUGUCGCAAUCUCAUUUGCCAAAAAUCGGGCCGCGUUUUGCGUCGGUUGGCGGUGGCUACGAGGCUCUGUUGACACCACCAACGAAGCAGCCGAAUUUGCCGCUUCCCGAGGAACAAAGAAGAUGCAGUUCGGUGACGUGUAGCAGCACCGGGAGUAGUUACCUCGAGAGAAGGGGGUCCGCGAUGCCGGUACCAUGUUUGCCGCUUCACCCUACGCUUUCCACGAAAUACGCUGCCCACGACGAACCCUGGGAUCUCUAUUAUCCCAUCGACAUUCAGGUAAUUCAACCGACCCCGGAGCUUUCCCCGUGCACGAGCGAAGCAGGUCUUUACGCGAACGAGGCGAUGAUCACGGCGACUAGAGCGGGCAAAAGAGCACCGUUGGCUUCCAUGGGCAGUGUCGAUCCUCCGGAACCAGACUCAAGCUUGAAUAAUUCGAGGUCGCUCGGUUCCGACUCGGUCUUCCUAAGAGACGACGAGCAAGAAGAGUGUCUCGACACGGAGGAUGAAGUAUCUGGGUUCUCGACCGACUCCGAAGCACCCGGGCCAAGUUGUCGACGGUUUCUUCGGGUACCCUCGAAAAAGAAGAAAACGGUCGAGAAAUGGGAUGGUUGCUCUGGAUGUGUCCCUAGACGGCGGCCUGAAGGCAAACCUUGUCAAGCUUGUCGUAGUAUUAGCGCAGCCGUUGAAACUUCUAGGUCUCAGGCCGUCUCUACGAGCACCAGCAGCCAAAGUAGCCCCGGUUCUCCGCCGUGUUCUCCAGCCAUCGAGCUCAGGCAUAGACCACCGCCGGCGCCGUUACCAACCAGUCCACCGGCCUGGUCGCAAGAAACUCUCUUUUAGUUCUCUAAAGAUUCGCCAGAACGUUUUCGCAAACGGUCAGUAAUCGCACAAAGGUAUCCCUUCGGUGGGAAAUAGAGGAUGAAGAAAACGAAGAACGGACAGUGACUUCCGAUCGAGUGACUUUGUUCGAGUUGGAAUUCUUCGUUGGAAUCGGUCGAAUGGAACUAGAAAAGGGGUUAUUUAAACAGAUAGAGAAAACGGCGUAUCGUUGUACGCCGAACGAAAUAUCUAGGAAGAAUCUAAGACUCGAAGGGAAUGGACGUAUAGAAGUAGGAAAAGCAAGAACACGAACGGACCAUGUUCGAGAGAAAAAAAAUUACUUGGGAGAAAAAAACGUUAGGCUGUAAAAAGCAGGAAGAUCGUAAUACGAGGAAGAAGAGUACGAGAAUUAUAAACAGUUACGGAGAAAGAGGAGUACGGACGAGUCUGAGAAAAUGUAAUUAGGCGUAGAAAAUAAUAGGAAAAAAAUAUAAAUAUCGAAACUUUAUCGAAGCACGUAGUUUUUGUUUGAGACAAAAACGAACAAAGAUCCGGGUUUUAUGGAAGAAAGAGAAAAAGCGAGGAACAGAGUUAACGAAAUAAAAGUUAAAGGAGAAUACCAAGAGGCACUUGUAUAGUAAGGUUUAAGCUUAACGUACGAAUAAAGAAACAGAAGCAAAUACUAACAGACUAAUUAAUCGUUAAACGAACUGUUGUAAAAAGAGGGGAAUGCGUAGCGUACUAUAGAUAUAUAUUGUAAAUAACAAACGAAGGAAACGAAGAAAACGAAGGAAAGAACUGGAAUUCGUUCUCUUCGUAUUCGAGAAAAAGAAAUAAAGAGAAAAGAAAAAGAAGGAGAGCGAAGAAUCGUGUUUGUAUCGCGUUAGAGAGAAAAAAUCAAAACUUUUAAAAGGACGUUGUUGACUAAAUAGUUGUGCGUGGAAAAAAACGUGAAAAGUACUUCUCGUCGAUCAUUUUUUGUUUUAUUUUUUAAUACUUGUCUAUAGAUAUGUACGUGCGAUAUGCGCGAUUAAAAAUAAAAGUAUAAGAGUUAGAUUAAUCGAAAGGUUGAAGGGGAAAACGACGAUCGAUAUAUCUUUUCCUUUAAAUCGAAUAAUUACGUUACUCUCGUUGUGGUUUCGUUAUUUUGUGCUAAUCAAAUGCGAAAAAUCGUGCCGCCAAACCAGCCCCGUUCGUUUCGAUCGAAAUUAAAAGUGCCCGGGCACUUUCGAAACUUCUUUCCAACUUUCGUUCGUUUGUUAAUGCCUUCUUUUCUCAUACUUGAUCGUGCUUAAUCGAUUAAUUAACGACGCUUUGAUGACUGCCAGUUCAGAAGCAGAAAUCCUUCGUGUAUGUAUGUGCGUCUGUGACUUGUGACGAGUAUGAGCGCGGUAUGAAUGCACGGAAUGCACGGAAUGCACGCGAUCGUGUCUAGAAAACUAGAAAAACCAGAGAGCCAAGUAUUAACAAUGUUGUAAAUUUUUCCAUCGAUCGGGACGCGUUUAUAAUCUUUUAUCUUUGCCUUUAGAUGCAAAUACGACAUUUUAUGUUUCGCUUUCUUCUUUCUUUUUUCUUUUUCUUCUUUUUUUUUUUUUUUUUUUUUUUUCAAGAAUCGUUAUUUUAUCGUUGUUCGUCAAGCUGCUUGAUUUUGUCGUGUCGAGCAUUGUUCGACCGUUUGUUUAUUUAUUAAUUAUUUGUUGGCGUUACUUUAUCGUUUUAUACUAUAUUAUGUAUUGGCAGUUUGAUACUAACGAUCGAUGUUGUUGUUCUUAUUCGUAAGUUUUAUCGAGAAUCUUAGAAUUUUAGACGAUAAAGGAACGAUAUAAACGCGAACCCGACUACAUGUUUACGUAAUUACGUUACAACGCGAAACUUGUGUUGGUGCCUUUCCGCCGGGUCUUCUUCCAUUAUCAUUUAGAUAGUACUGUCGCGCAGACGAUAAUCUCGAUGAAUCAAAAGGGGUAACGUAAUUAAUAAUUAACGAUUUGAAUCGAUAAAUAGUUAUAGUGAUGACAAUCGUAAUCGUAAUUGUGAUUAUCCUUGUCAGUCUGAUUAUAACGAGGAAAGAAUGCUGUAAUUAAGGUAAGAAGCCAAGAAGAGGAGAAAAAAGAAGAAAAGAGGAAAAAAAAGCAGAAAACAAUCAUAACGAUAGCGUUCCACGAUUACGCGACGAAAGAGUAAAUAAGAGAUAAAAGCAAUAGAGAAAUUGUAAAAA